CCAACGGUCCCACAUGAUCCGAGUCCUGAAGAACCCAGAGGUUCUGCUGCCUCCCUCACACCUGCUUGCUCUCCUGUCGGACGACGGCUCGCCGGGAAACUCGCUGGUUGGAGCUGAAACCAGCAGACAACUGGAGGAGGAACUGGGAUUCCUGAAGGUCGAUACUGGUGCGUGUUCAGAGGUCAGAGGUCAGAGUCCGCCGGGGCAGCAGACCGUCCGACCACCAAACACGCCGACCCGAACCUCAGAGCAACGCUGAGCGCCGUCUGAGCAGAAGGUGACCUCCGUCUGACCGUCAUGGCGGUGGGCCUGCAGCUGGUGGGUCUGGUUCUGGGCGUUCUGUCCUGGUGUCUGCAGUCCAGCAGCACCUCCUCGCACACCUGGAAGACGAAGAGUCACAUGGAGGCGGUCACCACCAGCCAGUGGCAGUUUGAGGGUCUGUGGAUGAGCUGCGCCGCCACGGCGCUGGGCUCGGUCCAGUGCAGCAAGUUCAAGACGGUUCUGGGACUGUCAGCUCACCUCCAGACGUGCAGAGCCCUGAUGAUCCUGUCUCUGCUGCUCGGCCUCGUCUCCAUCCUCCUCUCCAUCCUCGGCCUGAAGUGCACCAAGAUCGGCAGGACGUCCGCCAAGGUCAAGGAGCAGAUCACCCUGAGCGGGGGGGUGCUGUUCCUGCUGUCAGGUGUGUUCACGCUCACCGCCAUCUCCUGGUACGCCGCCAGAGUCAUCCAGGACUUCUACGACCCGCUGUACCCGGGGAUGCGGUUCGAGCUGGGGACCGGUCUGUACCUGGGCUGGGCGGCAGCGGGACUGGCCAUCCUGGGGGGGUCCAUGCUGUGCUGCUCCACCUGUGGGGGGGCGGCUCUCAGCCCCGCUACGCAGCCGUUGUACUUCUCCAGGACCAGCAGGGGGCCGAGCAUCUACAGGGCCGCUCCGGCCUCCGACAACAGCAGCGCCAAAGCCUACGUCUGACCCCGUCUGACCCCGUUUGACCGAGUCAGACCCCUUCUGACCCCUUCUGACCCCGUCUGACCCCGUUUGACAAAGUCUGACCCCGUCUGACCCCGUUUGACCCAGUCUGACCCCGUCUGACCCCGUCUGACCCCGUCUGACCCCACCUGACCCCGUUUUACUCAAUCUGACCCUGGCCUCAGUAGACACUUGUGGGUGCAGUUCCGUCAGUGUCCAGCAGGGGGCUCGACCGCGACACAGAUGAUGAGUUAUUUAUUUAAAAACAGAAAGUUUGCUGUAACUCUCUGGAUGGAAACAACAAUAACGGCAGUUCACGUUUUUGGCCACCAGGAGGCGACAUUUCUCCUCCUGUGAACCCCAGUUUCAGCUCCAGGUUUAUUCAUGAUCCUUCACAGGUCUGAAGAUGAAAACCAAUGUCAUGUGAUCAGAACCUUCUGUCUAGACUUACCGGUCCAUUCUGGGUCGGGUCAGGGGAGGGGGGGCGGGUGAAUCCAUCAUGAUCCGGGGGAGGGGGGGUUAGGCUCUGGAACCAUUUUAGAAGAACUUUGCUCACAAUGUAUUUUGCAGAAAAAGCUCGACAUAAAGAACAUUUCUGAUGGACAGAACUCCUGGAUGGGUUCUGUUGGUACUGACCCAAAACACUGAACUGGACCGUCACUUUCUGCUUUAAGCCCCGCCUCCUUUUGUCUUCCGAAGCGAGAUCACAUCCUGAUGAAUGUAAAGAUGUUUUCCAGGAUAAACUGUUUUUCAGAAUUUUCCAUCUUCAAUGUUCUUGAAGGUCCAUCAGCUGAUGAAGGUCAUGAUGGACCUUCAUCAGAUGAUGGAGCUUCAUCCUGGAUUCUAUCGUCCGUGUCUAAGCUCCUCCCCUCCACACCUGCUGGUCUGACAAACAUUAAACUGGUUUCAUUUUGGUGAAUUGAUCAUUGAAUCCCGAUUAACCUCAUUUUAAGUGUCCGCUCUGAUCAUCUGUUCAUCUGUUUUCAAAGUGUUCCCACUUUUUUUUUUUUUUUAAAAUAAUGAUUCAGUUUUUAGCCAAAAAUCUCAAAUCUGUGUCGUUUUCUAGGACAAAGUUCUGCAGAGCGGCAGGAGUUCAGUAGAAAUUCACAUCUGAGUCGUGGGGGAGACUGUUGACGUGGGAGUAAGCCUCCACUGAUAUCCCAUCAUCCCUUAGUUUACAUGCUUUCCCACCAGCAAUAUCAUUUCUAUCCAGCCGUAUGGUUCUGAUCCAGAUUCCAGCUCAGAGGAAAACACAGACAUUCAUGGAUCUGUCUGUAUCAGAAAGGGGCGGGGCUUGAAGACUGGCCUGCUGUUGUACCGUUACAAGGUUCUUCCAAAUGUAUUCGUCUGCUCCUGAUUCACAUUCGAAUAAAGAAAUCCUCAUCCAG